UUCCUUCCUUCUCUCUCUCUCUCUCUCUCUCUCUCUCUCUCUCUCUCUCUCUCUCUCUCUCUCUCUCUGUAGUACUGGCAAACAUACAUUUCUGUUGCUACUCUUGGAGAACAGAGGAUAUCAAGACGAGACGGCUGUCAUCACUGCCUCAGAUGUACCAACAGAUAGCAGAGGGACGCCCUGAAAAAGUCGCAGUGCCCCGCCAGGUCACCAGCAACGUGUGAGAUUGUUGGAAGGCUUUAUUCUCCUUGUUUGCAGGUACACAUAAGGCCUUCAAUCUCUGUUGCUGGAUGACUGAGUGGAAUUUAAAAUAAGAGAUGACAUCCUCUUUCGAUGCUUUCUCAGAAAAGAGAUCAAGCUGUCUCACCUAUCUGCAAACAGCUCUUCUGUCUGUACGGAGGAGGAGGACAAACAGGGUGAGAAGACAACAAGCAAAAGACAAACCAGAGCCAUGAAGAACCGACUGGGUUGUUUAUCAAAUAAAUCAGAUUCAUACAGUGAUUUCACUGCCUUUCUUCCUUCUGUACCAGAAAAGUCAACCAGAUGCAUAAAGUUAUCAACAGAAGAAGCCAUACGAUGGACAGAAUCAUUUGACAUUCUUCUUUCCCAUAAAUAUGGUUUGGCUGCAUUUAGAGCAUUCCUCCAUACAGAAUUCAGUGAGGAGAACAUUGAGUUCUGGAUGGCCUGUGAGGACUAUAAGAAGACCAAGUCCACAGCGAAACUGGGCUUGAAGGCUAAGAAGAUCUAUGAGGAGUUUAUUGAUGUUCAAGCUGCUAGAGAGGUGAACAUUGACUUUCAGACACGAGAGAUGACAAGGAGAAACCUUCAGGAACCCACCCCCUCAUGCUUUGAUGAUGCCCAAGGAAGAGUGCACAGCCUUAUGGAAAAAGACUCAUACCCCAGGUUCCUGAGAUCUAAAAUCUACAUGGACUUAUUGAACCAGACUCAAACCCACUCCCAGAGGAGGUUUAGUUAGAGAGACCAGCAUUAUCUCUACUGCAUCCAUGCACCUCUUAAUUGAAUAUUUGUAAAUAGUAUUAAAUAACCCAAGGGGUUUAUAAGGUUGAAAAUGGGAUGAGACCAUCAGGUGCUUUCCUGUGCUGGUUUUACACAAUGUAAAUGUACAGCUCCAUGGACUUGUAAUUAUGGUCCCUGACUUAUUGUGACCCUACUUCAGACAAAUGGGUUUGAAGUUUAAAAAAUGUGAAGGUACUGGACUAAAAUCCCUGUAUAAACCCUGUGGUAUACCUCAUAUAUUUGACUGAGUUUCUUUUGCUUCUUCACCACCCCUGCACUUCUGUACCGCUGGGGGUUGUGUCUCAAUCUCUACUCCUUGCAGACUCAAUUCAAACUCAAGUCUUAGGGUUGCUGGGGGAGGGGGGAGGGGGGGGGGGGUCUAGUUCAUAUCAUACCUUCUGCUUUCCACAUUCAUCGAGACACCUAAUGAACAUAUCCAAACAUUGAGAAAGCAGGUUACAUCAUAGAGAUACAUUGUACCAUGGAAGGGGAGAUGCAGCUUGACAAAAAAAACAAAAAAAAACAA